AUCAUUGAAACAAAAUAAAAUUGCAUAAAACUGCAUCCUUUUCUUUGUCAUUUCAGUGUGCAAAUAUCAAUUUAUUGUAAAAUUUUGGAAAUUUUCUUACCACACCUUAGCAUGGUACCCCCCACUAGGCACUCGCACAGCUUUUGACGUUUCUGCCACCACAUUCGAACUUGCUCGAGUUGUUGUUUUUUGUGUUUUUCUUUCUACCAAAUCUGACAGCGCCGCGGAACGAAAAAGGUUCGUGCGGAGAAAAUCCUCACGACGAUUACGGUUUAUUUUGGUUUACAUCUCGCCAUCCGUUCGUUUCGCGUAAUCCCGCGGAAAUCCACACCGGAAAGACAAUGGCCUCCUCCGACACCGGUGGCGUCAAGCCGAUGUCCAUCACGGGCCGGAUGGUCCGUGAGCGGGAGCGGCUGCUGGGCAUGAGCCCCGAGGAGCGAGCCUGGCGGGCCCAGUGGCUGAAGGAUCAGCACCUUUCGCCGAACGAACCGAAGUACGUGCCGGAGUACUGGAAGGAGCGGUACAACCCGAUCCGCCGGGCAUACCGUGCCCCGCUCAACAUGGUCCAGAACGUACUGACGCCCGUUAUUGGUCUCGAGUGGGCACAUGCGGUCCGUUUCUGGACGGGCAAGGUGGCAAUCACCGCGUUUGCCAUUCUGUCCACUGCCUACUACUUUAAGUACAACCAGAAUGAUUGGACUCGUAAGGGAGGCUGGCGUGUGAUUCACUCGCGUGAAGCGGUGGUGCCCGGAGAUGCUGGCUAUCCUAACUUCCCGAAGCGCGACACUCCGGCCGACUACGCGGCCAGAGGCUUCAAGCAGUCGCCCAUCUAAAUGUUGCCGGAUGGAUUGCACCGGGAAUGCAGCGGGAUGGAUUUGUAUGUAGAUAAUAAAUAACGAAACGGCACGAA